UCUCGGAACCCCCCUCCGCCCAAAGUGGUCUCCCCGUGGGGCGAGGGGUGUUUCUCCGAUGAGGCACCGCCCGCAGCAGACCGUUGAACCGGCCAUGCGUGGCCGCCGCCGGCUGCUAUUCGGCGCGCUGGGACUGCUACUGCUGCUGCUGAUCGCGGCGGCCGCGCUGCUUUUCUCAACCGAGGCGGUCGGAGACGAUGACUGGGCCGAGGAGCAGCGAGGAAGGCAGCGGCGGCUGCGCGCCGCCUGCCGCGCCCAGGCAGACUCGGCGGCGCUGGAAGACUUGCCGGCGGGCCGCCUCGACCACGUGCUGGUGGACGACCAGCACGGGCUGCUCUACUGCGCCGUGCCCAAGGUGGCCUCGACCAACUGGCGGCGGGUGCUGCUGGCGCUUCGCUCGAGCCGCGCCGACCCCGCGCGCAUCCCGGCUAACCGGAGCCACGAGCCGAGCGCGUUCCGCAGCCUGGCGCGCAUGGAGCCCAACGAACAGCGCCGCCGCCUCGCCACCCACCUGAAGUUCGUGUUCGCGCGGCAUCCGCUCGAGCGACUCCUGUCCGCCUACCGGAACAAGUUUGAGAGUGCGUGGAGCGACUACUUCCCGCGCCGCUACGGCCGACACAUCGUGCGCCAGCAGCGCGGCGAGAACGCCUCGCGUCACGCCCUGGAGACCGGGCUCGGAGUCACCUUCCACGAGUUCCUGCGCUACGUGGCCUCGCUGGACCCCGGCGACCACGCGGGCGUCUUCAACGAGCACUGGCGGCCGCUGAGCGACCUCUGCUUCCCGUGCCAAGUGCGCUACGACGUCCUCGGCUCGUACGACACCCUGGAGCGUGACUCGCGGCUCGUGCUGCGCCGCGCGGGCCUCGAGGGCCGCGUGGCGUUCCCCAGCCGCCGCACGACGUACUCGUCCGAGCCGACGGCGGCGCUGAUGCAGCGCUACUACGGCAACGUGAGCGAGGCGCUGAUGGCUCGCCUGCGCCACAUCUACCGCCGGGACAUGGCGCUGUUCGCGUACGAGAGGCGCUACCCGCACUUCGGCUGACCUUCGGUGAAAGCCGUCAGGUAUUUUCGAGGCACUCCCCUGGGAGGUCUCGGUGACGUCAACAAGUCUCAUCCGGCAUCACUUAAGGCGCAUUCUUUUCGAGAUUUUACUCGUUGCGCUGCAGCUCUUCAAAGUGUGGACCAACAGGACCAAGGCAAUGUUUCAUUGCAACAUUUUACUACAUAGUUUCUCUUCAGUUACGUGGUUUAUAUUCACGAAUGUCUUCCUCUCGCAAACCCCAUUGUGUUUACAAAGUGUGUGCUCACCUCGCGUAAUCAUUAUCAUUGCGUUUUAAACGACUACCUUCGUCUGUAGUAUUUCAAGUGCCACACCAGCGUGUAAAUUUAUUUAUUUCCAAGUGCUGCUGCGUUCGCACGUAACUAAAAUAAAAACGAAUCAAGUAAUUAGACAACACUGCUCGUAACGUGUUUGUAACUAUAACAC